CAGAGGCCAGGCCUGCACCACACCAGUCUGGGAGCUGCUGCCGGGCCUGUUGCUGAGUACUGGGCCCAGGAGGUUUGCCCAGGCUGGGCGCCAGGCUGCACAGGAAAGGAAUGAAGCCAGGAGCGCCUCAAAGUCCAGCCGGGUGGUGAGCGGCUCUCACCGAGGAGCAUGGAGCUGGCAGCGCCAGGGCUCGGAGCUUCAGGAAAUGGGGUCAGGACUGCGGCAGCUCGGAGCUCGGCACCAGGCCCCGGGGCCAGCCUACACGCCUAUGACAUCGGGGUCCUGGUCGUCUAUUUCAUCUUCGUUGUGGGCGUGGGGGUCUGGUCGUCCUUCCGAGCAAGCCGAGGCACCAUUGGCGGCUACUUCCUGGCGGGGAGGUCCAUGACCUGGUGGCCGAUCGGAGCAUCUCUGAUGUCCAGCAAUGUGGGCAGCGGCCUGUUCAUCGGCCUGGCUGGGACGGGCGCUGCCGGAGGCCUUGCUGUGGGCGGCUUCGAAUGGAACGCAACCUGGCUGCUGCUGGCCCUCGGCUGGGUCUUCGUCCCUGUGUACAUCGCAGCCGGCGUGGUCACGAUGCCGCAAUACCUGCAGAAGCGAUUUGGGGGCCAGAGGAUCCAGGUGUACAUGUCUGUGCUGUCUCUCAUCCUCUACAUCUUCACCAAGAUUUCGACUGACAUCUUCUCUGGAGCCCUCUUCAUCCAGAUGGCCUUGGGCUGGAACCUGUACCUCUCCACGGUGGCCUUGCUGGUGGUGACAGCCGUCUACACCAUCGCUGGGGGCCUCACAGCCGUGAUCUACACGGACGCUCUGCAGACGGUCAUCAUGGUGGGGGGAGCCCUGGUCCUCAUGUUUCUGGGCUUCAAGGAGGUGGGCUGGUACCCGGGCCUGGAGCAGCGGUACCAGCAGGCCAUCCCCAAUGUCACAGUCCCCAACACCACCUGCCACCUCCCCCGGCCUGACGCCUUCCACAUGCUUCGGGACCCUGUGAGCGGGGACAUCCCUUGGCCAGGCCUCAUUUUCGGGCUCACGGUGCUGGCCACCUGGUGCUGGUGCACGGACCAGGUCAUUGUGCAGAGGUCUCUCUCCGCCAAGAGUCUGUCCCACGCCAAGGGAGGCUCCGUGCUGGGCGGCUACCUCAAGAUCCUGCCCAUGUUCUUCAUCGUCAUGCCCGGCAUGAUCAGCCGGGCCCUGUACCCAGAUGAGGUGGGCUGCGUGGACCCUGACGUCUGCCAGAGAGUCUGCGGGGCCCGAGUGGGAUGCUCCAACAUCGCCUACCCCAAGCUGGUCAUAGCUCUCAUGCCCAUUGGUCUGCGGGGCCUGAUGAUCGCCGUGAUCAUGGCUGCCCUCAUGAGCUCGCUCACCUCCAUCUUCAACAGCAGCAGCACACUGUUCGCCAUUGACGUGUGGCAGCGCUUCCGCAAGAAGGCAACGGAGCAGGAGCUGAUGGUGGUGGGCAGAGUGUUUGUGGUGUUCCUGGUCGUCAUCAGCAUCCUCUGGAUCCCCAUCAUCCAAAGCUCCAACAGUGGCCAGCUCUUCGACUACAUCCAGUCUAUCACCAGCUACCUGGCUCCACCCGUCACUGCCCUCUUCCUGCUGGCCAUCUUCUGCAAGAGGAUCACAGAGCCUGGAGCCUUCUGGGGCCUCAUGUUUGGCCUGGUGGUGGGGUUCCUGCGCAUGAUCCUGGAGUUCUCCUACUCAGCCCCAGCCUGUGGGGAGGUGGACCAGAGGCCGGCUGUGCUCAAGGACUUCCACUACCUCUACUUUGCCCUCAUCCUCUGCGGCCUCACUGCCAUCGUCAUGGUCACCGUCAGCCUCUGUACAACCCCCAUCCCUGAGGAAGAGCUCGCUCGCCUGACGUGGUGGACACGGAACCACCCCCGCUAUGAGCUGGAGAAGGAAGCCCAUGAGGACACACCAGGGACAUCGGAGAUGGAGAUGCCACCUGGCGUGCACCCUGCAGGAGGCGGAGGGACCCAGAACCCCAGCCAGGGCCCGGAGCAGCACGGAGCCCCUCACAGGUCCUGUGGAAAGCUGCUCUGGGGCUGGUUCUGUGGGCUCUCUGGGGUCCUGGAGCCGGCCCUGAGCCCCGCGGAGAAGGCUGCGCUAGAGCUGAAGCUGACCAGCAUUGAGGAGGAGCCGCUCUGGAGACGCGUCUGCAACGUCAAUGCUGUCCUCCUGCUGGCCAUCAACGUCUUCCUCUGGGGCUACUUUGCCUGACUUCGCGGACCUGGCUUCAACCGAGACAUGAAACACAGCCCAGCCUGGCCGGUCACAGACAGGCCCGCCUCCCACCUUGCUGUCCAAACUGCAGACCACCCAGGCUGAGACUGCAGGACGCCUGGAGAGCCCCUGACCCAGCCUGCACGCGUGGCUGGUGGUGAAAUGGAGGCCCAGAGAGAGCGCUGGGCCUGUCCGGGGCCACACAGCAGGAUCCUCCCUGGUCUCCUGGAUCCAGCUCUCUUGCCAUUGCAUUGCCUUAAAGUCCUACCUCAAAAACGCUGUGUCACCUUCUUGGUGAGUCUUCUCAGAGCAUUUACUCAACAUGUGUCUUGAGGUUAGAAAGUGGAGGAUAUGAAGGAAAGGAAUAGCAAGCAAGUUGCAGAAAUCCACGUGCAUCUUUGCUCACCCAUAUCCCUUCCUUCUCCCCCUUCUCCUUCCCUUCCAUCACUGGUUCCCAAUCCCCCGUCCACUAUUCCUGGCUGGCAUGUACCCAGAAGGACCUUCCACUUCCACUGGGGGGUCCAUGAGGUGGCCGUCAGGCCCGCAGGAGUGAGGGCCCUGGUGGGAUGUAAGCAUGGUGACAGGUGGUGCUCAGGGCAGGGGGCCUGGGGUUAGGGACUCUCCUUGGCACUACUCCAAUCUGCCUCUUCCCGAUCUCACCUCCAAACAUGUGCACAUCUCCACGGCCUCGAGGAACUGAGGGAAAUCAUGCCACAAUCAGGAAGCAAAAAGUAGUGGGAAAUGUCUGGAUUGGAGGGUCACAUGGGCUGGGCCAUGGCUGGGCCAUCUGUCCUCUUUGUGUGUAAGAGCAUUGGCACCCUUUCUUUUAGGUGCAUGUGACUCCUCACCAGGGGUUCACAGGCGGCACCCAGAGCUUGGGCUGCAUGUCCACCCCUCCGUGCCCUCUUGCCCAGGUGCAUCUGUGCAGGGCACCACCUGCACACCCGUGAGUGGCAGCCCUGUCGUGCUGGGAGUGGCUGUGGCUGGGAGGUCAGCAGGGGCUCACUCCCUGCUGAACUUGGGAUUUCCUCGCCUCUUCCCUGGAUGGCUGCACUAGUCUCUUAACUGUUAUCUCUGUUCUGGGCCUCUCCUCUUCCAACUCACCAUAUGCCCUAUAGCGAGAGUGAUCUUUGUAAAAACAUAUCUUGUGUCAUAUUCCUGUUCCAGGUUCCCUCUGAGUGAUGUUUCCUAGCUAGGUAUGAGGCCUUGCUAGCACUAUCCCCAGGGUUCAGUCCUUGGGCUCCCUGCUUUACCCCAGUCAAAGGUAGCCUGUUCUCUGCCAUGGUUAAGACCAGGGACUUGGAAACCUGAACUUCUGGAACUAAAUCUUAGCUCUGCCACUUGCUAACUGGAUCAUAUUGACAAAGUAGCUUAGCCUCUCUCUCAGUUUCCGUUCUACAGAAUGGGGAUGGCAAUUGCAGUUACUUCAUAGAGUUGAGAGAAUCAUAUGACUUAAUUCACAUAAAGUUUUUAAAAAAGUACCUGGCACAUAAUUACAGUGCUCAAUGAACAGUCGCUAUUAUUACUACCGUUAGAAAGUAGCAGGUGAGGGGCACACAGGAGGCCUGGCACGCAUAAUCAUGAUAUUUUAGAGCGAGCACAGCAUGCUGUCAGAGCAAAGGGGAGGGGCACUGAUUUUUCCUGAGGAAUCAGGACAGGCCAGAUUGGAACUGGACUUUGGAGGAUGAACAGGAGUUUUCUAGGAGGAGUCAUACAAGGUAGAAGGACAGGGUGUGCAAAAGCGCGUGCAAGGUUCCCACAAAAUAGGGAUAUUUACUCAUUUGCAAAUACCAACCCUAUACAUUCACUUUCCCCUUAUAUAUCAUGCCUCUCUCUCAUCUCUAAGGCAGUGAGCUUUACUGACCAGGGACAGGAGAGAAUGCGCAUUUGGCCACUGUAGCAGCGGCCCCCCUCAUGUCCCCAGGCACUCACCAAUCCUGUGUUGGCAACUACCUGCUGAAGCCCUUGCAACUCUCCCCUGAGGGCUUUCUCUGGCUGUAGACAAAUCCUGGCUGCCUGCAGAGAACAUUCUGGAAAUGCUGGGAAUUCGGAGCCUGGGAGCAGCCCUCAAACAGAGGCAAACAGAGGGAGUCGGUGGCUGAGCACUGCCAGUCCCGGUCCAUCAAGAGGGACAACUCAGAGGCUUGAUCUAAACCAUCUCCAGCGGUUCUCAGGGGACUGAGCCCCAGCCGCCCAGUUAGCCUGCUCAUGACCACAUCUGAAUAGCGGCCUUCCCUCCCCUGUCUCAUGCCCCCUCUCUCCUGCGUGGUCUCCUGGGACCCCCUUCCAAAUAAACCACAAACUUGCAUCUGG